AUGCAAAUCACCGAAACACCAAUUUGCAACAUCGCCAAAAAUAGUGCAAUGGCCAAGAUCCUAAAGAUUCAAAAAGCGCAAAAGUUCAAUUACGAAAAUUGGCUGGAUGAACGAGCAAGAUUGGAAGCUAAAAAUAAAGAUGUCGAGGAUCUCAAUGCGACUAUUCAGAAUUUUCUUUCAGUACAGUUGGUUUCCUUCAAAUCAGUCGAUACCGUUAUGAACCAGGAUGAUGUAGUCAAGUAUCCCAUGGAGUUUUUAAAUUCACUGGAAUUGCCUGGAUUACCACCUCACAAUUUGCAGUUAAAAGUAGGAUCAGUUGUCAUCAUGCUGCGUAACAUUAAUCAAUCUCGACUAUGCAAUGGAACAAGACUGGCUGAGAAAAAGCUGAUGAAUAACGUCAUUGAGGCAACAAUCAUAAAAGGAAAAUACAAGGGAGAGGAUUUGCCAUUCGAAUUUAAACGCUUACAAUUUCCAGUACGUCUGGCUUUUGCGAUGACCACAAAUAAAUCGUAA